AUGGCUGUGCACUUGGCGUUGCUGACGAUCGGGAGUUCCACCUUCUGCAGGACGGAGGGCAGGGGGCCUUCUGGAGAGGGGGGGAAUGCUGUACUGAAUGGAAUUCAUCCAAAAGCAAAAUACAAAAAUGUUCGGUUGGUGCGCCUUGUUGGAAUGAUGCUUAUAAUAUUGGUGCAGGAGAAGCAUUUUGCUUAUGUUAGCAAAGUUGCCAUUGACACAGUUGGCACAGGCAUCAUGAACAAACUGGGCAACAAAGGAGCAGUAGCUGUAAGGUUUGAGCUGCAUAACACUUCAAUAUGUUUUGUUAAUGCACAUAUGGCAGCACAUCUUGAAGAAGUAGAGAGAAGAAAUGAAGAUCAUGAUUGCAUAUUCCAAAGAACGUGUUUCCACAUGAACAUAAACAGUCCACCUAAGACUAUAAAAGACCAUGAGUAAGUAUAUGAAGAGGAUUUUUUUUUAAAUGAGAUAAUAUAAUUCUUGAAGGGAACCAGUACCUGAAAAGGCCAUUUAUCUCUCCAUACCCAAUUUUUCCUUUUUUCAUUUGGUCCAUGGUGUAUUUGAGGUUCUAAGAAAUUAUUAAUACAGAUGUACAGUUGGGAACAAGUGAAAGGUCAUAUAGCAUGUUACCAUCCUGGACUUCUUCAUACCUGGUAACAACUGUGCUAUGUUUAGCUGUAAGAAUGCUUCUGCUGUACUGCAGCUGGCAGUUAAUUUAUGGUGAUUAUGCCAAGGUCAGCACAAAAAUUUGACAAAUUAUAGUCUGUACAUAUAAAGUAUUUGUGCCAAAAAUAAGAAUGGGCACAAAAGAUUAUCAGAUUUUGCAACUUAAAGACACUUGUCUUCAAGAUGUCCUUUGUAUAAAAUUACAAAAGUCUUUUUCAAUGCUUAUCCUUAUUUACAUGGGAAUCUAUUUUUUCAAAUUGUCAGCGUAACAGUUUAGUUACCAUGGAAAUCAUUUAAAUAAUCAAUUAUCUUUAUAAAUAUGUCUGGAGUUCAGAAAAAUUACAGUUUUUUGAGUCCGAGUGUCUAGCGGUCAGAUUCUUGUCUUAAUUCUGGUAAUGGCUACUUACUCAUUAAGUGCCAUUUAAUGUUAUUAUGCGUUGACUGCUAGCAGCAGCAUAAUACUAGUGGUUCCUGGCAACCUAACAGUACAUUGUUACCAGAUAUUAUGCCACCUUUAAUGUUGAUAUUUCAUCUGUC